AUGUGCCUGUUCCUGCAAGCCAUCGCCGCCUCGUCCCCAUCCUACUUCUUCCGUAACUCCAUUCACUACUUGACCACCACACCCGGGCACACCAACUCCUCCCAGCAGUGCAAGCACGGCUGUCGCCAGUUGGACAACGACGUCAGAGCGCGGACCAGCACAUCCCGCCAUGGGGGGGGGCAUUAG